AUGAUGCUCACUCUGCUCUCUCGGAGAGCUCUCCGCAGCUCCAUCUCUGCCGGCGCGAGCGGCAAGCGAUCCAUAUCAGAUGUCGCCAUCACACGAACUGGCAAAACUAUUCUACGAUCAGAGGGUGGCCGAUCUUCCCUGGGAGGCCAUACCGCGACGGUAUUCGGCGCAACGGGUCAACUGGGUCGAUACAUUGUCAACCGCCUUGCCCGCCAAGGAUGUACCGUAGUCGUCCCCUUCCGCGAAGAAAUGACAAAGCGACACCUGAAGCUCACUGGUGAUCUCGGCCGCGUUGUUUUUGUUGAACACGAUCUUCGCAAUACCGCUUCUAUUGAAGCAAGUGUUCGGCACUCAGAUGUUGUUUACAACCUGAUUGGACGAGAUUAUCCUACAAAGAACUUCACUCUGGAGGACGUGCAUGUGGAGGGAACCGAGCGUAUAGCCGAAGCUGUUGCAAAGUACGACGUUGACCGAUAUAUUCAUGUGUCAUCACACAAUGCCGACGUCAACUCACCCUCUGAGUUCUUUGCGACCAAGGGACGAGGUGAACUUGUUGCCAGAAGCAUCUUCCCCGAGACAACCAUUGUGCGACCAGCACCCCUUUUUGGAUUCGAAGAUAAUCUCCUGCUGAAGCUUGCUUCGGUGCUGAACUUGUUUACGGCCAACAACAUGCAGGAGAAGUUCUGGCCAGUCCACUCUAUCGACGUGGGCGCUGCCCUGGAGAAGAUGCUGUACGACGACUCCACCGCUGGCAAGACAUUCGAGCUCUAUGGACCCAAGCAAUACAGCCUGUCAGAGAUUGCGGCCUUGGUAGACAAGGAAAUCUUCAAGAAGAGGCGACACAUCAAUGUGCCCAAGGCGAUUCUGAAACCGGUAGCGAAAGUUCUCAACGACUACUUGUGGUGGCACACCCUCUCCGCAGACGAGGUCGAGCGGGAGUUUAUUGAUCAGGUUAUUGACCCUGAAGCCAGCACAUUCAGCGAUCUUGGUAUCGAGCCUGGCGACAUUGCCAACUUUACAUACCACUACUUGCAAGGAUUCCGAAGCUCCAACUACUACGAUCUCCCUCCGGCCACAGAGAAGGAGAAGAGGGAAGACAAGAAGUACAUCCACGUCCUGGAUGAGCUAUAA